CAGGAUUUCGGAGCCGGCGAUGGAUCCCUGGGGGGAGGAAGAGGAGGAGGAGGAGAAGGAGGAGGAAGAGCCGGAGGUGAUUUUUGGGGAUGAGGGGGAGGAAGAUCCCUUCAAUCCCGGCGGGAUCCAGGGAACGCCCGCCUCGAGGCCGCCCUCGUCGGACGCUCCGGCGAUCGCGGCGCCCGAUCCCGGCGCCGAGCUCCCGGAGUCUUUCCGUUGGGCCGAGCCCGGCACGUCGUCGAGGAGCCGGCGUGCCGCCAAAACCCGGAGUUUCUCCGACUUCGGCGGCGGCGUCCUCCAGAAGGGCUUCGAGUGCGCCGAGUGCGGCAAGAGCUUCGGCUGCAGCUCGCACUUCUCCAAGCACCGGCGCACGCACACCGGCGAGAAGCCCUUCCGCUGCUCCCGCUGCGGCAAGAGCUUCAACGUCUCCUCCAACCUCUACCGGCACCAGCGCGGCCACGCCGAAACGGCGGCGGCGGCGCCGGCGGCGGCGAAGCCCCGCGGGCUCCCCUACGGGUGCGAGGAGUGCGGCAAGAGUUUCCGGCGCAACAAAGAGUUGGCCGCUCACCGGCGCCUCCACACCGGCGAUUUGCCCUUCCGCUGUGGCGACUGCGGCAAGAGUUUCUCCUGGAGCUCCCACUGGCUCCGGCACCGGCGCAUCCACACCGGCGAGAAACCCUACGAGUGCGCCGAGUGCGGCAAGAGCUUCUCCAGGAGCUCCCACCUUUACCGGCACCAGCGCGGCCACGCCGAGGGCCGCUCGUACAUCUGCACCUACUGCGGCCGCAGUUUCGGCAGCAUCCUCCACUUCGAGCGGCACCAGCGCACGCACACCGGCGUCAGGCCCUACAAGUGCUCGCUGUGCCGCAAGAGCUUCGGCGACGCGCCGGCGCUGGUGAGGCACCAGUGGCUUCACCUCGGCGAGGGCCCCUUCCGCUGCGAGGAGUGCGGCGAGGGAUUCGGCGCGCCGGCGCUGUACGCGCGGCACCGGCGCAGCUUCCACGGCGGCGGCGGCGGCGAGAAGCCGUACCGGUGCGGGGAUUGCGGCAAGAGCUUCUCGUGGGUUUCCCACUGGGAGAGGCACCAACGGAUUCACACCGGCGAGAAACCCUACGAGUGCCCCGAGUGCGGCAAGAGCUUCGGGAGGACGUCGCACCUCUACCGGCACCAGCGGACGCACGCCGGCGGCCGGCCGCACGUCUGCGGCGAGUGCGGCAAGAGUUUCAACUCCACGCUCCACUUCCAGAAGCACCAGCGGGCGCACAGAGCCGGCGCCCGGAAGAGCUGCGGCGAGUGCGGGAGAUCCUUCUCGGAUCCGUCGGCGCUGGCCAAGCACCAGCGGGUCCACGAGGAGUCGCAAAAAGUUGGGGGAUCCUUGGUGGAAUCCCAAAGAACUGGGAGAUCUUUGGUGGAAUCCCAAAAAGUUGGGAGAUCUUUGGAUGAAUCCCAAAAAUCCUGCUCGGAGUGCGGCAAAACCUUUGGGAAUCCUUCAUCGUUGGCCAAGCACCGACGGAUCCAUGAGGAAUCCCAAAAAAUUGGGGAAUCCUUGGUGGAACCCCAAAAAAUUGGGAAAUCUUUGGUGGAAUCCCAAAAAUCCUGCUCAGAGUGUGGAAAAACCUUUGGAAAUCCGUCGGCGUUGGCCAAACAUCAACGGGUUCACGAAGAGUCGCAAAAAAUUGGGGAAUCUUUGGAUGAAUCCCAAAAAAUCGGGAAAUCCUUGGAUGAAUCCCAAAAAAUCUGCCCCGAAUGCGGAAAAACCUUUGGGAAUCCUUGGGAGAUCUUUGGAUGA